AUGGCGGAGCGGUACGGCAUAGAGGAGUAUGGGCGGCACAUGGAUUUGGCAGUAUCUGCCUUGGAGAAAGAGAAGAGGCUGCGACAGAUGGCGGGCAAUGAUUCGCGUCCUUCACGCAAGGAGAGGAAGAAGCUUGCUCGGCAGGGGAAGGAAGGGGGGGGGCAGGGGAAGAAGCAGCAGGGGAAAGGGGAGGGGUGGAAGCAGCAGGGGAAAGGGGAGGGGUGGAAGCAGCAGGGGUUGGUGCGGGUUGCGGGCCACACAGAGGGGCAGAGGGGACAAGAUGAUAAAGGGAGGGACAGGGAGAGAGAACGAGAGUGGGAUAGGGAUAGGGAGAGGAGAAGGGAAGGGGACAGGGAGAAGGAGAGGAGGAGAGGAGACGACGAGGAGAGGAGGAGAGGAGGCGAGGAGGAGAGGAGGAGGGGGUACGGUGGAGAGCGGUUUGAGAGGGGUUCAAGUGGUGGAGAUAUCUCGGUUGGUUCCGCUUCACCUGCCUCUUCCAAGCUGUCGCCAGCUGUCAGCCGUCGCUUGCUUGCACCAUCUACAUUACCUCGAGUGGGAGGGACAGGCAAGGGAGCGGAGGGAGGGGCUAAAGAGACCCCGCAGGAGAGGCUGAAGCGGCUGAUGGCGAAGCAGCUGAACAAACACAUCAAGAAAGACACAGCAGCAGAGAAAGCGAAGAAGCAGGAGCAGGAGAGAUUGAAAGCAGCUGACCUCCGUUUUCCCUGGGUCUGUUACACCAUGUUUGUUCUCCCAUGCUUUGCCCCAUGUCUGUUACCGUGCUCCCAUCCCAUGUUUGUGUGUGGCAGUCAAGAAGGAUACAGCAGCAGAGAAAGCGAUGAAAGAGGAGCAGGAGAGGUUGAAGCGAGCCAAGCUUUUCCGUUUGCCCUGUGUCCAUUCCUCCACGUUUGUUCUUCCAUGGUUCUCCCGUACCUGUUUGUGUGUAGCAGUCAAGAAAGACACAGCAGCAGAGAAAGCGAAGAAGGAGGAGCAGGAGAGGUUGAAGCGAGCUAA